AUGAAGCCAAGGAACAGCGCGGACAGCUCUCCCUUGGCCAGCCCCAAGAACUCGCUGGAGAAUUGGGAGAACAGGCUGAUUGGCAAGACGCUCCAUGCCACUGACACUGGCCCAACUACGUUCUGCAUCAAAGAUCUUCCUGAAGAGAGGCGAAUCAUCAAACCCAAUGACGCUAUGACAGAAGAUUAUAUUGAGGAGAGGCUGAAUGUGUAUGUUGACGAGCAUUUUGUCGUCUCCCAAGUUGAGUUUGGAUGA